AUGAACACCCGAUUAGCUAGAUGUGACCCUAGAUUAUUGGAUUUUGUUACAUGGGCCGUUCUUAGGGGAUGUCGCUUAUUUCAACGUGUUCACAUAACACCUUUGGGUCUUGUUGCUACCAAAACAAUACCUGCAUUUGAUUUUGUUGCUGUUGUACCAACAUCUGCUACACUUAGUGUUCUUACAGUAGUUGAAGAUCAAUCAUUUCCACUUAAGGUAUCUCCAAUGAACCAUGGAGAAGAACUUUCUUUUUGGCCUGAUCUUACAUUAGGUUCCUUUGUUUUUGUCGCUUAUCUUGCUAAGGCACUGCGAACCGGUUACCCACGAGGUGUUCGUAGUUAUUUGGAUGUUUUACCGUUUGACCAAGGCAUGCCUAUAGGUCGUGUAGCUGAUUUAGCACAACAAUCAACAGAAUAUAAGGAAUUUGUUGCUCCUCUUAAAGAAGCGUGUAAGGCACAAGAUGCCAACUUUGAUUUAGCUUUUCGUCAUGCAUACUGUCUUUUCAGACGUCAUGCUGUUCCUUUUUGGAGUCAUACAGAAGCGGGAAGUGGUGGUCAUCCAGAUUUUCAAAAUUCUCCGUUUGCUACUGAUAGUUUGGGUGAUAUUAUUGGUAUGAUUCCAGUAUUGGAUUUGGCAUUACAUUCCCCGGAGCCUAAUGCCUCUAUUGGCUAUCCAGACGCGGACAUGCUGCAGUGGUUGGCUCAGGAAAAGAAGGCGGGUAUACGAGUAGAAAAGGGAUACUUUGUAAUGCAGGCACUACGUGAUAUUCAGGAGGGUGAGGUGGUUUCAGUCAAUAAAAACGCUUACUUUAACUUUGACGAUGCAACCUUUAAGGCAUGGUUUGGUUUUCCCAAUGAGCCACAACUUCAGGAGGGAGUGAUAAAUGCGAAGGAGAGUGCUGAUAGUCGUAAUCAUCUUGUGGAGCCAUAG